AUGUCACAUGACCACCCACCUGUGGCUCCUGCUAAGCACCAAGGCCGCCAUCACUGCCACCGCUGCCACGGCCAGCUUCCGGCCCCACGCUCGCCCAGAACCGCUACGCGUGCGGCGGCACUAGCGCAGCCUACGGUUGUGUGGACCGGCACACACCUGUGCAGGUGGCAGGAGAUAAAGAAAGGGGAAUGGGCUAGAACCAUUGGUGAUGAUACAGAGCCCGGUGCUGCAUGGAAUCCCAUACACCCAUUCAGGCGGCAGAAGCCUAAAGGGGGGGGGGGGGGGGGGGGGAGGGCCCUCAAAAGAAGAAGGAAAGACAGGUCCCCACAAAGG